AUGUACCAUGACCGUCUUGCCUCUGCUGGCUACACUACUUUCCAGCUUGCUCGAACUAACGCUCGUGGUGAUGUGUCUAGUGUUCCAAAUGUAUACUCUCUUGUUGUCUUGGAAAACAGUAGAUUAGGUACACAGCUAAUAAGGGCAAUCCAGAAACAUGACUGGAAUGGAAGCAAGCGCGGGCAUGUAUACAAAUUCUUGAGAUCUCAAGGGUUCAUAUCAUCAUAUGAUGUUGCUCAUCAGUAUACGGACAGUGAUGCUCAUAGGUGGGUUAGCCAUAGAAACCACAGGGGAAACAUAUGCGGAGUUGAUUUCAUAUGGCUCUGUAAUCCUACUAGCAGCAAUUCAAAAAAACCAUUGAGAACAAGUUGGGUUGAAGCUGUUUUCAGCAUUAUCAAGUAUCAAGUCCAGAAAGCUUCCAUAGCUGAAGACAAGGCCUUUGCUUUUCUUGGGGAAAAUAAUCACAGUGAUUCCUUAACAUACUCUGGCUUUUGCCAAGCACUUCAAAAGGUAAAUCUAACGGGUAUGCCACAUGGACUUAGCUUCCAAGAGACAAAAGAGCUGUGGGAUCGAGCUGAUGUUGAUGGAAAUGGUGUCUUCGACUAUGAAGAACUUAAGAAAAUGUGGAGCAUGACAGUGAUGGUUCAAUCUGAGAACUGCAAAGAGAGCGUGAUGGAGAGCAAGAAAGAAGAAGGGGAUGAUAAGGAAGAAGAAGAAGCGGUUGGACUGAAAGUGAAGAAAGCGGUUUUGUUUCCGCAAGAAGCAGAGAGAGGAUUGUGGCCGGAGAAUUACAGUCUCUCCGAUCAUGCUUGUCUCACUGUACAAUUCUCACCGGUCAAAGUGCUCUGUACUCUAUGGAAAUCUAAUGGAGCCAUCUGCGAAAAUCGAUUAAGCCAAUGGAACCGCAGUUCUAGCACUUGUGAUUCUUGUCAUCUCUUGUUGGGAGCUAUUGUGGCGGCUGCGGGGGAGGAGGAGAAGAAGGCGUGGGUGAGAACGGUGGCUGGAAACUUGACGUUACUUGAUUCAGCAGCAAACCUGAUAGUGUGUGAGCAAGCUCGUAGAACAGUGAGCCAUGGUUACACUCUCACAUUCAAUAAACACUUAAAAUAUGGUCUACUUUCAACAUUCAUCGCUAAUGCCAUUAGUCUCUUCCUCAUCAAGUAA